AUGAAGAAAGGGGAAGAAGUAGUCAAGGCAAAUGGAAGAUGGGAACUAAAUGGGAAAUGGGAGCUUAAUGGGAAGUGGGAGCUAAAAGAGACACAGAGAAUAAAUGGUCAAUAUCAAGGAACUAGAAAACAGGAAUGUGGCAGCCCGCGUGAAGUAAAUGGCAGACCACCGUUCAACGGCACUCCCCUGGAAAAUGGCAAGCCCGUGGCUAAUGGGACAGAGACGCUACAAGCGGCAAAUGGGAGGCAAGAAGCAAACGGUAAGCCGCUCUCAACGUUCAGCUGGCAGGAGGUCCAGAAACACAACACGUCGUCGGACCGGUGGCUAGUGAUAAACCGGAAGGUCUACGACAUCACCAGCUGGGCAGAGAGACAUCCAGGCGGCACCCGUGUUAUCAGCCACUACGCUGGGGAAGACGCCACGGAUGUUUUCUGGGCCAUGCACAUUGACCAAAAUCUUGUGCAGAAGUACCUUAAGCCGCUGCUGAUUGGACAGCUCUCCCCAGAAGAACCCAGCUUUGAAAAACACAAGAACGCCCAGUUGGUAGAAGACUUUCGUGCCCUGAGAAAAACAGCAGAGGACAUGAAAUUAUUUGAUGCCAAUCCCUUAUUCUUCUCUCUUCACCUGAGCCAGAUCCUGCUUUUGGAAGCUUUGGCUUGGUUAAUAGUGUUCAUCUAUGGCAGUGGUUGGAUUCACACUUUGCUCAUUUCAUUUAUUCUCACCAUCUCCCAGGCUCAGAGUUCAUUCUUGCAGCAUGAUACUGGACAUCUCUCUACAUUUAAGAAAUCCAGGUGGAAUCACCUCUUCCAUAAAUUUGUGAUGGGCCAUCUGAAAGGUAUGUCACCAAACUGGUGGAAUCAUCGCCAUUUCCAACAUCAUGUAAAGCCAAACAUCUACCCCAAAGAUCCAGAUAUCGAUAUGGGACCCCUUUUUUUGCUUGGAGAAACCCAACCAAUCAAGUAUGGCAAGAAAAAAAUCAAGUAUAUAGACUAUGAGAAACAGCACCUCUAUUUUUAUCUGGUUGGGCUACCGUUACUUAUGCCUGGAUAUUUCAACUUACAAUCCAUGCAAGUCAUGUACCUGCGCAAGGACUGGGUGGAUAUCGCCUGGGCCUUCAGUUUUUACAUCCGUUAUUUCAUCACUUUCAGCCCAUACUACGGAAUUAUCGGCACCAUCCUUCUCAUCUUUUUUGUCAAGCUGUUGGAGAGUCCGUGGAUUGCAUAUGUCACUCAGAUGAGCCACAUCCCAAUGAAAAUGAGUUACGAGACCAACCAAGACUGGCUUAGCACUCAGGUAAUUGCCACCUGUAAUAUUCAGCAGUCUUUCUUCAACGACUGGUUCACUGGACACCUGAACUUCCAAAUCGAGCACCACCUGUUUCCCACAAUGCCCCGUCACAAUUACUACAAGAUUGCACCUCUGGUGAAGUCACUAUGCAGCAAGUAUGGACUCUCCUAUGUGAAUAAGCCAUUAUUAACGGCAUUCGCAGACAUUGCCAGGUCCUUCAAGAAAUCUGGAAAUCUCUGGGCACAGACUUACUAUCAAACAUGA